GUGUGACAUUUGGACCAUGAGAUCACCAGACCCUAACCCUGACCCCUGACCAACGACCCACCAGGGUGAUACCUUUAUCUACGUCGCGUCAAGCUCAGAACUUUGUUUGUUUCCUUUCUUCUGCUCAGAGUAGAAUCUUCGUCGAUAGAUGCCAAUAGACUAGCUUCCGUGCUAUGCUUACCCCGGGCCGUGACACAAUUCUACUCUCAAAAGAAUCGCUGGCCUAGCGAUUAACAAAUAAGGCGCAACAAACUAUUUUCACGCCGCUGGCGAGCGACGAAAAUAAAUCCGCACUCGACAGACCAGACCCGACCGGAGACUGACAAAGACGUCAACUUCAAACCCAGACCGACCCCAACCUAUGCCCAGGCUGAAGGACCAUCCACCUGCGAGCAGGAAAUCACAAAGGUUGAUUUCAAACAAAACGGAGCAAACAGAUCGCUCCACCGACGACCCGACCCGACCAGAGAGUGAAACCGAUUUCACGCCAAACACCAAUUCCACCCUCGAAGACGAAAUCGAAGUUGAUUCUCUUUCGAACACCGCGUGGCCUAGUAUAGAAACGCCUGAGGAAAAUUUAGACGAAUUCGAGUUUGCAGAAGCAAGGUAUACAACACCGGAAACAAACCCAAACAUGAUGGCAGACGGAAAUGACCUAGCCAGCGAGAUCGCUAGGCUACAGGCAGUUAUUACACGCCUGCAAACCGAAAGACAGAACAACCAACCGGAAGCCCGACAAGCCACACCCGAAAAUAGCGCCUUUGGAGGCACCAGGUUCGAACCGACCGGCCUAGCCAGCAGGAAAGCAUUUAAGCCGUACGGCCAUAGCCAAGAAGCAGCCAACCCGCACUACAGUGAAAGAGCCAAAAGUAGAGGAUCAGAUCCAGGUACAUUUUCCGGCAGUUCAACCACUUUUGACCGCUGGAUUACGAAAUUAGCAGAUUAUUUCGAAGAGGAUAACACAACCUUCCGAACUGAACGAAGCCGCAUGGCAAAACUGUUCAGCCUGUUGGACGACCGACCAGCAACGAUGCUGGAGACCAGAUACAAUUCAGAGACCCAACCGUAUUCAUGCGUGGCAGAGAUGAUCCAGGUUUUGGCCACGGUGUACCAUAACAGCAAUCAAGCGUCCGAAGCAUGGGAAAAACUAUCAAAAAUGUAUUUUGAAUGCGGACCAGGUAAUGACGUUUACAGUUUCAUUGCCGAGGUGAAUGCUCUCGCCGAUAAAAUUGGAGUACCAGCAGGAGAACGCAAAACUACGCUGUGGCAACAUAUCCCGGCAGACCUCGAUCACCGGCUGUUACGAGACAGCAAGGACCCCAGAAUAUCUUAUGAAGAAUUCGCAAAUUUGGUGGCCGAUGCAGCUCACAGCACUCAGCGAGCGUAUCGGGAACGAGAAGAGCGAAAACAGAGAAGUCGCGGUAAAGAUAGAAAAGAGAAAUACCCCUACAGCCCAGACAAAAACAGGAAAAGCAAUCGAGGACGCUAUUACGAAUCCAGCAACCCGAACAAAGGAGAAAGAAGCGACAUGGUACCUAAAACAACAGAAGCCACAGGACGUGGUUUGACAGAAACUGAAAAGAUGGUUCAUUGGGAAGCCAACACUUGCUUCGCGUGCGGGAAAGAAGGACAUAAAUCAUUUGAAUGCCCCAAUAAAACGAAAGCAGUCAGGGCCUUGGAUUUUGAGGACAACCACAGCAUUAAUGACGAGCAAAAGCGAUCGGGAAAAGAGUGAGACCGCCAAAAGCCUCCUCGGUGGUCCAGAUGUCUACGAUAGCUCAGAUUGGUAGUAACCCACGACCUAAAUCUUUCAUCAUUCGAACUCAGAUACAGGUUAAUGGCGUAGCAUUAUCA